AUGGUGAGGGACAGACGGGGAGGCCUGGAAUGCGGCGGUUCACGGGGUCGCGAAAAGUCGGACGCGACUUGGAUGGACUGGUUUGACCUCCUUGCAGUCCAAGGGACUCUCAAGAGUCUCCUCCAGCACCGCAGUUCAAAAGCAUCAAUUCUUCAGCGCUCAGCCUUCUUUACGGUCCAACUCUCACAUCCGUACAUGACCACUGGAAAAACCAUAGCUUUGAAUAUUCAAACCUUCAUCGGUAAGGUAGUGUCUCUGCUUUUUAGUACGCUGUCUAGUUUUGUCUUAGCUUUUCUUCCAAGGAGCAAGCAUCUUUUAACUUCAUGGCUGCGGGCAUCAUCUGUAGUGAUUUUGGAGCCCAAGAAAAUAAAGCCCAUCACUGUUUUCACCGUUUCCCCAUCUAUUUGCCAUGAAUUGAUGGGGCCAGAUGCCAUGAUGUUAAUUUUUUUAAUGUAG